GUAUCAUAAAAUAAAUCUUAUAAUACAAUACAUCCAUUGUCAGUUGGAUAAAUUGGUCAUUUUGCGUAACCAUGGAAUGGAUGUACAAGAACACGCGGAGAUUCCCACACAUCACAUGACGACGUAGUGUGACGUCGUCAGCUGCUCGAGCCUGUUGUUCAGUCCAGAUCAUUAUUAUUAAACAUCCAUGGUCCAGACCAGGAGGAGGCGGAGGGAGAGUUAACGUUAAUGUCGGCAGCUACUCUGAAAUAAACACAUUAAAGAUUGUUCUAGCAGCAGAGUGAGCCUUCCCCCACACCAUGUCCCAGGAGAAGAGUGGAUACCCUGUUAUGGGUGAGAACAACCCACUUCAUAACAACGUUUAUGGACCCCCUCAGCCAGGUUUCGGUAUGCCCCCUCCCAACUACAGCCAAGCCCCAGGAGGACCGUACCCACCAGCAGCUGGCUAUGGACAGCCGGGCUUCCCCCAGGCAGGCCCAGGUUUUGCCCCUGGUCCCUACCCUCAGAUGCCUUACCCUCAGAUGCCCUACCCACAGGGACCCUACCCACAGGGGCCUUAUCAGCAAGGGGUCGCACAACCAGGCUUUCUUGGUGACCCAUCGGAAACUGUCGGCAGUGCUGGUUACCAUGGUGAUGUGCCUCCAUCUUACUACGACAAUGAGGAGUUCACCAACUCUGGCUUUGAGGACAAGAGCAUCCGACAAGCCUUCAUCAGAAAAGUCUUCAUGGUUCUCACAGUGCAGCUGAUGAUCACUUUCUCCUUCGUUGCAGUCUUCACCUUUGUUGAUGAGGCCAAGUUCUUUGUGCGACGUAAUCCAUGGACAUACUAUGUGUCCUAUGCAGUCUUCUUUGUGUCUCUAAUCGUCCUCAGCUGUUGUGGAGACUUCCGCCGCAAGCACCCCUGGAACUUGGUUGCACUGUCCAUCCUGACCCUGAGCCUCUCCUACAUGGUGGGCAUGAUCGCCAGCUUCUAUGACACAGAGACCGUCAUCAUGGCCGUGGGCAUCACUGCAGUGGUCUGCUUCACUGUCGUGCUCUUUUCACUACAGAGCAAGUAUGACUUCACUUCCUGUCGGGGCGUGCUGUUUGUGUGCCUGAUUGUGCUGUUGCUCUUCUCCAUCCUCUGCAUCUUCAUCCGCCACAGGAUCCUGCACAUCGUCUAUGCCUCACUGGGGGCCCUGCUCUUCACCUGCUUUUUGGCUGUGGACACUCAGCUUCUCCUGGGCAACAAGAAGAUGUCUCUGAGUCCAGAGGAGUACAUUUUUGCCGCCCUCAACCUCUACACUGACAUCAUCAACAUUUUCCUCUACAUCCUGACUAUUGUUGGACGCUCCCGGGAAUGAGGCUGCACCUUAGAGAGAAAAGGAGUGAGAUAGAGAAUGCCUCCUUUUAAUUGUGAAAUUUUGCUAACAUGCUCUCUAACUCAAACUUUUUCUUCACUCAGGCAGUUGUGCUGUGGAGCAGAUUCAGCCUGUCAUAAAAUCCAGCUGAGGGACACUAUUUAUUUUAUUCAAAUCUUGCCAUUAGUGACAGAAGUAUACUUCCUCCUUUCUUUUUAUUCAAUUUUGAUCACUCUGCUUGCUGUUACUGCCCUAUGCUUCUAACACGUGGCUAUAUUACCUAUCCCCCAACUACCAGUUUGGCUCUGCUCAUACAGUGUAAAAGCUGUUAUCCUGUGAAUGCCUUU